ACUAUAAAAGCACAUUGUGCAGACUCAUUUCUGUUCCUGUUGGUCCACCAUGAAGAACAUAUGUAUUGUGCUGUUGCUCUUACCCUGUGUGGUUCUUGCAGCACGCCUGCCUAGGGCUGGACAGAAUAAUGGCAAAUCACUAUUUUCUGCUACCAAUUCUGAGAUUACAACUAUCUCUGAGCAGUUGUAUGCGGCAGAUGUAAACAGAGCCACGAAUGCUGACAUAACUCUGAACCUGCAGUAUAGAGCAUCCAGCUCCCAGACCAGCUCAGGACAGGAUUUUUCCAGCCAAAAGCUGUUUAGCUAUGUCAACGAAGCCAAGCUGUUUGCCCGCCCAACCUUUGCCCGCCUUCUCAAUCUGCUUGACAAUUAUGCCAAGACAACAGGGACAGCAGAGUCCGUUUCUAGUACAGAGCUGCAGGAACAAACCGCCUUCAUAGACGAGAUCUUCAGAACCUCAGUCAUAACCACAUUGUCUAAUUUCCUCAUCUCCAAAGGUUAUUACACCUCAGUGGACAGUUUUAAGGCUGACUUAAAGGAGAUGUGGUUUGGACUGUACACGCGUACUAGGGGUCCUUUGGAUUCUUCAGGCUUUGAGCAUGUUUUCCAUGGUGAGAUUCACAGUGGAAAGAUAUCAGGAUUCCAUAACUGGGUACAGCUCUACCUGCAGGAGAAGUCUGGCCAGGUCAACUACCUCAGCUACAGCGCUGAUGGAGCAUGGACUUCAUAUCCUGAUGUAUAUGGAUUCCAGUUCAAAUGGUCCACCUACUUGAAAACUCUUGGCUCAUUUUUUCUGGGAUCUAGUCCAGAGUUUGAUGUAGCAAUGUUCACUCUUUGCUAUGUAACCCGCCCUGAUAGUCUGUGCACUGUCAAAUAUGGAGGUAUCACUCUGCAAAUCCAAACCUGGACCUGGGCCAACUCUUCCUAUGGAAAUGGCAAAAGAUAUGUAGCAUCAGCUUACCCCAGUGUCUAGUAAAAACUGGUGGGAUUUGCAUUUAAAUGUAAUUAAAGUUGUCCCUGGCACA